AUGCAAGGCUGCUCGUCCUCUCCACGGGUCAUCGCCAGCGUCGCCAGUGCUACCUUCUCUCGCGCGGCGGGAUUACCCCCUUGCAAGUUGCGUGGCGGUGGUCCCCCUUGGCACCCUGCUUCGUGGGAUACACGCCACUACAUUCGUAGCUUCGCGACGCGGAUUACUACGCAGCAGGAUCGGUCGCGUAUCUCGUACGGCGGCGAUUUCGACCCGCAAACCGAUAUCGGGUCCUCAUCGUGGGCCGACGUACAGCUCUACCGGGUUGCGUUCGGGCCACUCCUCGGCAAACCCGCUCUGGUGCGACGCCCUGAUUUUGCGCCGCUGAAGAGCGAUAUCUACUUCAUGCCGCGCACCGAGGAGGGAGAUGUUGACGCGUUGCUCUGUAUGACUGAGGAGGAUUUUGCUGGGUUGGACGUCGAUCCGGAGUGGAGGCGCUAUGCGGAUUGCAUUGGAUAG